UCAAAAAAAUUCUCCAAUUCAGUAAGUCAAAGUCAGCGAAAGAUCUUCAAAUGGAAAAAAGUUCCCAAAAAUGUUAAAAAAUGCAAUCAAAUUGAAUUAAAAUACCAUAAAAGCCAUUAAAAUACUUUCGUUCAUUUAAUAACAAAUAAUUCUUAACUUAAUUUUAACAAAACAAAUUUGGAGAUGAAGAUAUCAUUGUUGCUUAUCUUCCUAUCGAUAUACUGCUAUUGCGAUAGAUUCGCUAUAGUUGGUGGUGAUAAUUCCUUCGAGGAUAGUGACUUUGCUGAAUUCGAAGAUUUCGAUACUGAGGAAGAAGAAUUUGACGGCAAUGGAGGUGGAGGAGGCGGUGGAGGUGCAGGUGGAGCAGGAGGUGCUUCAAUUGGUGAUUUCAAGGAAAGCGAUGAAGACUCAGUAGUGCAAAAAGAUAUCCCGGUUCAAGUGAAGAAAUCAGAUGAUUUUGCUGCAAUGAACGACGAUGAAGAAGACGGAGUCGUUGAGGACGAUGACUUUGAACAUUUCCAAGACGAGGAGGAAUUUGAAGGUUUCGAUGGCGGAGAUGUUAAGGAUCUUCCCAUAGACCAAAAAGCCCCAGAGCCAAAGUUGACAGUGGCCAAAAUUCCACUUCAUUUCAGGACUCAUUGGGAUUCCUAUUGGAUGGAAAUGUUGAUGUUGGGAGGCCUAUUAACUUAUUUUGCCAAUUUUUUCUUUGGAAAGUCCAAAAACUCAAAAUUAGCACAUCUUUGGUUAAAUACGCACAGAACUCUAUUAGAAGACAACUUUGUUUUAGUUGGUGAUGAUGGAAAAAUGGAAAAUGAAAAUCCUGGUCUCAACAAAGAGAGCGAAAGUCUAUAUACCUUAUGGUGUUCUGGUCGAACAUGCUGCGAAGGCAUGCUAGUCGAGCUGAAAAUGAUCAAACGCCAAGAUUUGGUAGCACUUGUUGCUGGUCUCAUGAGACCACAACAAGAUCAAAUCCAUAUAAAGGUGGAAAUCUCUAAAGAUGCAAUGGAUUCAUUUGUUUUUUGUGUUGGCUCCAAGAAAACAGUCACCAAGUUCUUUAAAGAACUUGCUGAUUUGAACAAAUACUGUAUUCUAGUCAAUAAACCAGAGGAUAGAUUUAAUUUACCAAGUGGAUUUAGCGUGCUAUCUGAGAUACCUGAAGCCACAUCGGCAUUAUUAGAGUCACGAGUUGUGGCUGUUCUAAGUAAAUACCAACAUUUCAUCGAUUAUAUUCAUAUUACGGACCAAUUCAGCGGUCCAGUCCAACAGGACGAUCCAAAUAAUUUAAAACAGCCUGAAGUUAAGAGAAUGCUUAUGGCCGGGUUUAACUUGCCUACAAACUGCGACAUGGAAUCGGUUAAGCCUUUACUUGUUUUGGUGUUUUAUAUCAUGGAGAAGUUAAAGAGCUACCGUUUAUCUAAAGAUGGCAAAGCAAAAGCUGAGAAAAAUCGUUUACGUGUAGAAGAAGAGUUCCUUAAAAGCACCCAUGCAGCUCGUGCUGAAGCGGCUGCCCAACGCAGAGAGGACAAACGCAAGCAGGAAAAAGAACGUGUGUUGGCCGAAGAUGAUCCUGAAAAACAGCGUCGCUGGGAGUUGAAGGAACAAAAGAGACAAGCCAAGAAGAAGGCACCAAAAAUGAAACGUUUGGCUGUCAAGUCACUUUAAAUGUUUGUUAUAUUUUGUCCGUAUUAAGAAAAGUGUAUACUCGUUUUUCUUUUGAUUGUUUAUGUAAAUCAACAUUUUAUUGGAAUACAUUGAUCAUUGGACAGAAAACUAA